AUGGGUUCCAUCACAAAUGACAGCCAUUUUAUAAAUGAUACGGACUACUAUGAAGAACAAUCAUCAUCUUUAUUUGACAUUCACAUCCUGGUACCUGUAACUAUAAUUUCCAUCAUUUUAUUUUUCUUGGGUGUCACUGGGAAUGUAAUAACAAUAUUAAUUUUCAAACAGCGUAGGGAAAUGAGAACUACAGUUAACAUGUACUUAUCCAGCAUGGCCCUCUCAGACAUUUUGAUCUGCCUUGGUCUGCCUUCAGAUUUGUACAGGAUUUGGAAAUACAGGCCAUACAUAUUUGGGGAUUUUCUCUGCAAAUUUGUGUUUUACCUCAGUGAAACCUGCACUUAUUGCACCAUAUUGCACAUCACCGCUCUAAGCGUGGAAAGGUAUUUUGCAAUAUGCUUUCCUUUGAAAGCCAGAACCACAAUCACUAAAUGCAGGGUGAGAGGGAUCAUUCUUGGGUUAUGGGUUUGGUCACUACUGACUGCCAGCCCUAUUCUGUUCUUGUUUGGUGUGGAACAUCGCAAUGGAAGCCUGCCCGAUGAAACCAGGGAAUGCAAGUACAUAGAGCACUUGGCCCGCACAGGCCUUUUAGAAACAAUGACUUGGGUCUCCACCAUUUAUUUCUUCCUACCAAUUCUGUGCUUGACUCUGCUCUAUGGACUCAUAUGCAGAAAGCUCUGGAGCAGCAGGCACAACCUGAGAGGGCCCCAGGCAGCAAGCAGAGAAAAAUACCACAAGCAAACCAUCAAAAUGCUGGCAGUAGUAGUUCUGGCCUUUGUGUUGUGUUGGCUGCCAUUUCACAUUGGUCGAAUCCUCUUCGCCCAGACUGAAAUCAUCCUGUACGAUGUCACUCAGUAUUUCAACCUCAUCUCCAUGAUUCUCUUUUACCUUGGAGCAUCCAUAAAUCCAAUACUUUACAACGUCAUGUCACAAAAAUACAGACAAGCAGUGAGCAAAAUCCUGAAUUAUGGCCAGGUCUGGCAUUCCAGAAGCUUGACAAGGAGUGAAAAGACUUCUCUUGAAGGUACGGAGGUCAGUUCUUUCAUGUAA